GUCGGCAGGAUGUUCGCUGCAUCUCUCCCAGAAAUUUGCCCAACUGUACCCUGUGACCCGAGCACCACCUGUUCUCUCGUCAAAGUCUGCACCGGGCAUUAUUAUGGCGACGGGUGUCAUGGGCACAUCACUCAAGGGUCGGCCGGGGCUCUUUCUCAGCACUGAUGCUGGCCUUUCUUGGAGGCAGGUUCUUCUAGAUUAUUACUUCUUCAACAUGGGAGAUCACGGAGGUGUGCUGGUUGCAUUGAGGUACUAUAAAGCCCACGGGGAGACAAGAUCCCUCCUGUAUUCGAAAGAUGAAGGCAAAACUUGGGAUUCUCUCUUUAUAUCAAAGGAAGAGCUCAGGAUGUAUGGCCUUAUGACAGAGCCAGGGGAGAACACUACUGUUUUCACACUGUUUGGUUCUGAACAAGGGCUGCAUCAGUGGCUGAUUGUGAAGGUGGACCUACGUUCCAUAUUUGAGCGCAAUUGCACUCCUGAUGACUACAAACCUUGGUCUCCCACUUCACCUGCAAGGGAGAGGGGCAGAAACAUGCCCUGCAUAUUGGGGCGCAAGGAAGUUUAUGAAAGGAGGAUUCCAACAAUAAAUUGUUACAAUGGUAAGGACUACGUCCGACCAGUGAAGAUGGAAGUGUGCGAGUGUUAUGCUGAAGAUUUUGAGUGCGAUCUAGGCUUCUUCAGACAUCCAGGUCAAGGUCAUUGUAUUCGUGGUUAUGGAGACACAGUUAUCUCACCAGGUAGUCCCUACCAGCCACCCAAAUGGUGCCAACCAGGCAAGUUUUUCAACCGCACCAAAGGAUACCGAAAACUAAUGGAUGAUCCAUGUGUAGGAGGCAAUGAGACAUUGUUUCUGCCCGAUGUCCUGCCUUGCCCCAUGAAAGAGAAGAGAGAAUUCUUGCUGGUGGCACAGCGUGAUCGUCUUGCACGCAUUGAUCUUCUUACUCAAACCAUGGAGACCCUGCCCAUUCGCAAUCUGCGCAAUGUUAUUGCUGUGGAAUUUGACAUGCGAAAUAAUUGUGUUUACUGGGCUGACAUUGUCUAUGACAAUAUUGCUCGUCUCUGUUUGGAGUCUGGAGAGCGGGAGAUUCUUGUUCAAAGUAACCUAUCCAGUGUUGAAGGAAUGGCCUUUGACUGGGUGUCCAAUCAAUUAUAUUUUGUUGAUGGAAUGCGAGCGAUGAUAGAAGUAAUUCGCACGGAUCUCAAUCACGAAGGACGGGCUCGAAGAACCAUCUUGUCAUCUCCUACUCUAAAGAAGCCACGCGGCAUUGUUGUGCAUCCAAUGCAGGGAUACAUGUUUUGGACAGACUGGGCUCCAGGAGACCCUUCUGUUAACAGAGCAGACUUGACUGGAAAUAAUGUGAAGAGAUUGUUUGGUAAUAAUGUGGUGCAAUGGCCCAAUGGUAUAACUAUAGAUCACAUUGCAGAACGGAUAUAUUGGGUGGAUGCUCGUGAGGACUACAUCGCCUCAUCAGACUUGGAUGGAAAGAAGUUUCUGAAGAUCAUUAGCAGUGAUGAGCGUGUUGCCCAUCCAUUUGCUGUAGCUGUGUUCAAAGAUUGGGUGUAUUGGGAUGACUGGCGACAGAGCGCAGUAUUUCAGGCAAACAAAGACCAUGGGAUGGGCAUCAGAACCAUGCAAGUUGGCCUCGUUGGAGUCAUGGAUCUCAAGGUUUUCGCACACACAGUCCAAGAAGGAACCAAUGCCUGCGCCAACUUCUCAACAACUAAGUGCAAGUACCUCUGCAUGGGAUUGCCCAAUGGAGGUUUCAAAUGCCUGUGCCCCGAUGGAAUGGAGGAGAGCAGUAACGGAGAGUGUCUCUGCCCUGGAAACAUAAGGCCUAACGAGAAUGGCACUUGCCAGACAACUAGUUCCAACAAAUGUUCCACAGAGCAGUUUCAGUGUGCAAACCAAAUGUGCAUCGCAAAACUGUGGAAAUGUGACGGCGAUGAUGAUUGUGGUGAUAAUUCAGAUGAAGCCAAUUGCACCACGUGUGCCCCUUACCAGUUUCAGUGCCAUUCGGAUGGGAAAUGUAUUCCACCUUACUGGAGAUGUGAUUUUGAUUCCGACUGUUUUGAUUCAUCAGAUGAACAGAAUUGCAGUAAGGAUUACAUUAUACUAUGCAUGCGUUAUGCUAUGUAUAAAAUUCAAGGGUGGUUGAUAGUUUGUGGGCACAUAAUUAGUGCAUGUGGACCUAAUGGAUCCCUGUUGCUCAAAGAUGGAGGUAAUCAUGUGCAAAUAGCUCCCAGUGCCAUAUCUAACACUUGGAAUGUGAUGGCAGAGCUAGAUUGUUGUGCGAACGAUCGAUGCAUCUUUGCCUCUUGGCGGUGUGAUGGUGAUGACGACUGUCGAGAUGGUCAUGCAUCGGAUGAAGCGAAUUGUACAUCUGUCACUCGGACAACAGAAUCGCCAAUUGUUCCUCCAAUACUGCCUCCGAACAACUGCAGUGACUGGUUUCUGUGCUCCCAGACAAACUGCAGUGAUUGGAUGUUCCUUUGCUCUAACGAACGCUGCAUCCCCUAUUGGUGGAAAUGUGAUGGAGUCGAUGACUGUGGGGACAGUUCAGAUGAAUUGGGAUGUGGAGAAACGACCACAGAACCAACAACUACCUCUGGUCCUACGAACUGCACAACUACUAUUGCUCCACCAGCUAGGGGAGGUUGCUCGAAAAACCAAUUCCGGUGUGAUUCAGGGGAAUGCAUUAUGAAUGCAUGGGUUUGUGAUAAUAUGAAUGAUUGUGCUGGAGGAGAGGAUGAACGAUCUUGCCAAGGUGUAAUGAAAUGCCCCGAAGAAGACUUCAUGUGCCUUCCAGAUCGAGUAUGUAUAUCAAGCAACAAGGUUUGCGACAAAGUUCCUGACUGUCCCAAUGCUUUUGAUGAAGCAAACUGCAAGGAUAGCAUCGAUCCCUCUGAAGCCGCCACUCCAUCAUGUGAUCCAGGAUCCAUCCAGUGUGACAAUUCGCAAUGUAUUGCCCUUCACAAAGUCUGUGAUGGACGUCAGGACUGCUUUGAUGGCAGUGAUGAGGACCAGUGCGAACACAUUCACCUGCCAGUUCGUGUGUUGCAUAUAGACAUAUUGCCUGAUUCUUCAAAUGACACUAGCCUGUCUGUGAGGUGGUAUUCCAUUGUUCCUAUGAACAAGACUGCCGAAUACUUGCCAUCUAUUAUGGAACCCAAUGCUAAAGGAGGUUGGCAUAACGCAUCUUCUUGGCAGAACAAAACCUCGUAUACAUUCACCAAUCUCGUGCCUUACACCCUGUACAAAAUAAUGGUCUUUGCCCGCCUGAAAGAUGGAGGAGCUACCAGUUCGUCUUCAUAUAUUACAUCACGUACUUUAGAAGGAGGAAGGAAUUUGGUUGUAGCAGAAAAUGGAGUUGCCACAAGUAACAAUUCUGCAGUUGCAGUUCUGAAGUUUGAUGAUGCUGCCAAAAUAGAUAGAGUAACAAAACUUAAGGCCAGUGCAAUCACUAAUUCGAGUGUGACACUCACAUGGAUGACUGUUUCCAAGGUGGAAGGUUACCGCGUACAGGCCCAAUCUGAUCCUCCGUUUCCCCAUCAGAGACCUGUCAAUGCAUCAAGUUCCUGGCGAGAUGUGCUUCUGCCAUCAAAUCUUGCCACCAUCUUAGUACCUGUUAUCUUGCUGCUGCUGGUACUGGUAGCUGGAUUAGUGUUCUUUGCGAUGCGGCAUCGCAGACUGCAACGAUCAUUUGCCAGUUUUGCCAACUCGCAUUAUGACACACGAUCCGGAGCAGCUACUUUCUCAGGCAGUGAUGGCCUAGUUGGCGAUUUUAUGGAAGAAGAAGAUUCACCUGUUAUUCGCGGCUUUUCUGAUGAUGAACCGCUUGUCAUCGCUUGAGUACGGGCCUAGAAGUACUUGGCCCAGAAAAUUUUGUCUCUGUGAUAUCUGUAAACUUCUUACCCACCACUAAAGAUUCUGUACUAUGCUGUGGUGACUCAAAAACUGAGUCGUCUUUGUUUGGUUGUUUUUGUUUUAGCUCACUGUUGUAUCCAUAAAUAAGUGUAAUUCUUCUUUAAUUAUCACUUUUGAGUCAGCCUAAUGAUGUAAACAUACAACAUUCAAGUGUGGCUAAGACAAAGUUUGACUGUGUUUUUGAAAUAUAGUUAAUGUUUAUUGAUGUUCAAAAUGUAAGAUUCUUAUAUUACAUUAUACUGAUAGGUGUUCACGAUAACAGCUCGUAUACAUAUUGUAUUUAUCGUGCACGUCUGGCUAUAUUUUAAUUUUGGGCAAACGGAAUCAGUGAUUCUGGGAAGGUUGUCUUAUUUCCUUGAAAUUUUCCUUUUUCUUUCUUUCUUCUUUUCUUUUCUUUUUUCUUUUGAUCUAUUUUUUUAAAAACAAUUUAACAGCACCCUUUUGGGGGAAGGUAUUAUGAUCUGUUAAAAGACUUACCUUUAUUUUGAGGAUAUGUGUUGUGGAACUCGUGUGUUGUGUCACAAAAGUUAUUUUAUAUAAAUAGAAGUUUGGGAGGCAGCAUCGGUAUAUUAUUUUUGAGUAUUUUGUGUGAAAUGAUGAUGCAAGUGCAAGAUAAGAAACAUACAGCUAACACACCAAAAAUUAUUACAUCUGUUGAGAAGUUGUUGAAUAUAUUACAUAGCGAUUUAUCUGUCACACUGUGUGAUUGGAAAUUUUGCACCCAAUUUUAUUUUAUAGAACCCAAAAGAAAUGUAUUAGUUUAUAUUGUAUUGUAUCAUAUCAAGAUCUCUAUUAUUGUUCCAAACUGAUGUCAUCCCAAGGUUGUAGUUGUCUUUUUCUUAGUGAAUGUAGAUUUGAAGAAGAAAAGUGCAGGAAGAUGUGAAGACAGUCCUUGGACCUGUGCUUGAAUGUUGACCAAAGAUACUGGUUUGCCCCAAUUAUGCUAGCCUUUUCUAAUUUGUUUUCUUGUCCUCUUUAAUAUCUGUGCUUGAAAAAAAAUGGUUGUACAUAUGUCUAUAUUCAAUCUUUGUACUGUAAAAUGAGUGAGAUUUGAAGAAAUAAAAGUAUGUGAAUAGAUUUUUUAA